AUGGGUCAAGACAAGGAUGGCAAACCGCCCGACGCGGCCCCUGCCGGCUCGAACGAACCGCCUCAGACAUCACUCACCAGGGACGACGACGCUGAUGAUCCCUCGCCGGGGCUGGUUUGGCCGUUGUGUGCAUCUGAGCCCGUCGAAAGCUCCGAGUCUCAAGUCCAAAGCCCGUACGACUCUAGACAUGAAGAAGCCGGACUGAAAGGCGAUUUGGACACAAAACCUGUUGCAGAGGUCCAAGGUGAGGGCUCGAAGGGCACGGGCACAGCUUCAACCCGCAAUGAGCAGAGACACAACGCUGAAGACUUCCAGGAAUACCAUGACAGAAUCCACAACGCCAUGAACCAUUGUGCACCCGAUCUAUACCACUUGGCCCGCGACACAGAGCCCUUGUACUUGAGUCCACGGGACUUUGUGCUUCCCGCGAAUCUUUGCACGUACGUGUCAAAGUUUGUGUCAACCAUCGCGGGCUCCGUAGGGAUGAACAACUUGAACCGAGCAGCACUAGAUGCACAACGUGACGAAUGUGGUGCGGCUCAGAAGCCAGAACGCCUGGCUCUGACUCAGGAGACUCUGAUGAAUUAUAUCGCUAAGCCUCUGGAAAUGCUGUGCAUUUACAUCCAGACAUGGCAACUGAGGGUCGUGGAUCAUGAAAACGGACCAGCGGCCGACCUGGGACUCGAUGCUGCUGUCCCAACGCCCGGGGAGAUUGAACUGGAAGCCUUUGCAGAGCUCACAAGCCAAUACAACAAACUAAAACUGGCGUAUUCCCAUCUCUUGAUGGAAGUCCGGGCGCAGCGUGCGGAGCCAAGCCCUCCAAAACGCAGGCCUUCAUGGGACUGGCAACAGGCAACGAGAGUAUGUGCCGCCUGCGGGAGCAAGUUUGAAAGACAUGUCAAAGACAAAGGAGAGCCGAAGGAAAAGGCACGCAUGGAGGUCCCUGCAGAGGACGACCAAUCCAUCGCCUCGCAUCCCCUUCUCUCGGUUUCACGGACGGAAGUUGGAGCGCCCACCGCAUCGGCAGAGGUCCUGGAAGAAACGGCCGAGGAGUGGACAGAUGACCUGGCUACCUUUGAUGAAGAGCAGGCCAGACUAUUACAACAACCUCGCUACGUGAGCCCUACGGGUUUCUCCGUCAUCUCUGCCGCAGAAGCCCAGGAGGACCCGGACAUACUGGAGCCCACGCCGAGUUAUCCCAGGGCCCCGAGCCCAACUCAGUUCUUGAACACCACAAGUCCAUGGCACGCCGACGCCGAAGCGCAAGCUCGCUCGCACCAUGUGCCAGAAGACAGAUGUUCGGUUGCAAGCAUCCUGGGCAAAUACGGGCCACCUCAAGAAGACUUGUCACGGUCAUCAUCACCUUUGCGGCGCAAACAGUACCUGGAAGACAUGUUGCACCGGAAAUGCGAGGAGCAUGAGCGUUUGAGGGAGAUAUACGAGGAGAUGGCGGACAGAUAUGAAGGCAUGACCAGGAUCUACGAAAGGUCGGCGAAACGGUACAAUAUCCUUACCAGACGGUAUGAGAGCCUGACGGAGAGGCACGAGGAGAUGAAGGCGAGGUUCGACAGGGACAGGCAGAUUCACGACACAGUGACGGCGGUCUACGUCACAAAGGCGGUCGACGUGGACUGGACACGAAACUCAAGCCGAAGCCGGUCGGGGAGCAACGGCAAUGGCAUUCGCAGCAUGUCACCGCCCGUGAGUCCCAGGGGAACGGUAUAUCCAAUGACUCCUCCACCGUCACUGGAUACGACCGAGACUGGCCGACGGGUAAACGUUGAGCCUAGAGCCCGCGUGAGCGCCCCCGGACGGGCCCCGAACAUACCGAAAUUCGAGCAGGGUCCUCGUGCUGCCGUGCGGCGUCCGCGGGUUGAACUUCAGACCAAGUCGCCCGAAGCAGAGGCCUCGAUGGUCUGCGACAGCCACACUGUCCCCCGGACUGGACAGUCACUGUCCUUUUCAGGCUUUGUCGAAAACCAAUGCCAGUCGUGGGUCACCAUGUACGACUUCCUGUGGUCUUUCAUCGAUGCAAUCCCGCAGCCGUCCGUUCCCCUGCCGGGCGCGGAUGGUUCCUCCUUGCCAAUGAACCGCAACGCCGAGCCGGGCAUCCCGUGGAGUGCCUUUUUCAACGUCCUCACCCACGCCGUCUUGGUAUUUGGCAUCCAGACCUGGAUCGCGUGCGCGGAGGAGCGAAACACGUGGUUGUACGCCAACAAUAUCAAGCCACCCACUUUACUCUCCUCGUAUGCUCGUGGGGAGAGGUCCUCUUGGCCGGGGCUGCAUGGGGGACUGUUCACGGGUGCAGAGCUGUCUAUGCUGCUGACGUUGAUGUUGUUGAAUUCGCGACAUGUUUUGGGUCUUUUGGGUCGGGUGGUGCGGGCAUUUGAUUUGGCAAAUCGGCAGAGCAUGAGGGUUGUGGUGUUUGGUGCUGUGGUGUUUAUGUUUUGCAAGUAUGGGGGUCAGCGGUCUCCGCAGUGA